AUGAGCAAGAGUUGUAUUUAUAUCAAAAAAAGGUUUGCGGUAGUGACAGGAGCUAAUAAGGGGAUUGGUUAUGGAAUAUGCAAGAAAUUGGCUUCAAUUGGUAUUGUGGUGGUGCUUACUGCUAGAAAUGAGAAAAGGGGUUUGGAAGCCAUGGAAAAUUUGAAAGAGUUUGGUCUCUCAGACUUUCUGGUUUUUCAUCAACUUGAUGUCACUGACCCUGCCAGUGUUGCUUCUUUAGCAGAUUUUAUCAAAACUAAAUUUGGGAAACUUGACAUCUUGGUGAACAACGCAGGUGUUGCUGGGGGAAUAGUAGAUGGAGAAAAUGUUCUUAGACAGUCCCAAAUAUCCUUGGAAAAAAGGGGUGAAAUAUCGGAUUGGAAUAUAGUAGUGCGUCAGAAUUAUGAGCUAGCUGAAGAAUGCGUUAAAACGAACUUCCUUGGUGCUGAAAGAGUAACUGAAGCUCUUCUUCCUCUGCUCCAACUAUCCACUUCACCGAGGAUUGUCAAUAUUUCUGCUAUAAUAGGACGAUUGAAGUACAUACCAAAUGAAUGGGCAAGAGGAGUGUUUGGUGACAUUGAAAACCUUACAAAUGAAAAACUUGAAGAGGUGCUUAAAGAGUUUCUAAAAGAUUACAAAGAAGGAUCAUUGGAAACAAAAAACUGGCCAGGUUUUCUUUCAGGUUACACCAUGUCAAAAACAGCUUUAAAUGCCUAUACAAUGAUGCUGGCUAAGAAGUUCCCUCGUUUUCGCAUAAAUUGUAUAUGCCCUGACUUUGUCAAGACUGAUAUAAACCAGAACACUGGCUUUUUAAGCAUUGAUGAAGGUGCUGAAAGUCCUGUUAAGCUAGCAUUAUUGCCAGAUGAUGGUCCUUCUGGCCUCUUGUUUUCAAGGGAUGAGGUGUUUUCCUUUUGAUGGAUAUGGCUAUAUACUUUUGGCCCUAUUAUAUCUGUUUCUGGUACUAGCUAAGUUUCUUGUUGUGAUUGUCUGAGACAAUAAUUUGUAGAUAUAUGAAAACUAUUUGG